GGCAGUCAGUCAGUCCCUUGGUGCCUUAGUGAUCACACGCACCCAGUCCUAGCUGGAUACCGAUGAAGUUCCUCUUAGCGGCGGCUGCCCUGUUGGCAGCUCUCACGCAUGGGCAUGAGAUAGACAAACGACAAGCAGAGGACAGAAACAAGAAAGUGGUCUGCUACUACACUAACUGGUCCGUGUACAGGAAGGGACUAGCCAAGUACACACCGCAGAAUAUUAACCCUUAUUUGUGUACCCAUUUGGUCUAUGCCUUUGGUGGCCUCACGGAUGAGUUUGAGAUAAAACCCUUCGAUUCUUACCAGGAUAUUGAACAAGGUGGCUAUGCCAAGUUCAACGGGCUGAAGCAGUACAAUAAGGCCCUCAAAACCCUCCUGGCUAUCGGUGGGUGGAAUGAAGGCUCCGGUCGCUUCAGUGAACUGGUGUCUCUGCCUGAGUUCCGUAAGACCUUCAUCAUCUCAACCAUCAAGCAUCUCAGACGAUACAACUUUGACGGUCUCGAUCUGGACUGGGAGUACCCGGCGUCUCGCGAUGGUUCCGCCCCGGAGGACAGAGAGAACUAUGCGGCGUUGGUCAGGGAACUCAGGGAAGCGUUUAACGACGAAGGCAGCAAGGUGAAACAGCGACGACUACUGCUGACUAUGGCUGUACCUGCUGGCAAGGUCUACAUAGAUAAGGGCUACGAUGUUCCCUCCCUUACCAGAGAUCUGGAUUUCUUUAACAUCCUCAACUAUGACUACCACAGCGCAUACGAACCCACCGUCAACCACCACGCCUCCCUCAUGCCGGCCCCUGGCACCUCUGAGUACGCCUGGAACGCCGAACUCAAUGUGGACUGGACGGUGAAGUACUAUAUCGAGCUGGGCGCCGAACCGCACAAGUUGGUCAUCGGCAUCCCCACCUACGGCCGCUCCUACACCUUGAUUGACGGGAAUUUCACCAAUUUUGGAGCCUCAGCUGACGGGCCGGGCGAGCAGGGAAAAUACACCAAAGAAAACGGUUUUAUGGCUUUCUAUGAGGUUUGUGAGAAUAUCGCCUCUCAUGGCUGGGGUGUACGCAAGCCUUACCCGCGACGCAUCGGCCCUUACGCCUUCUCUGGUAACCAGUGGGUCGGUUAUGAUGACGAGAAGAUUGUGGCGAAGAAGGCUGAGUACGUACGGGAACACAGCCUCGGAGGCAUUAUGUACUGGUCUCUAGACAACGAUGACUUCCGAGGAAUCUGUAACGGCGAGCAGUACCCCCUGGUGGAGGCUGGCAAAAAGGCCCUGUUCACUGAUGCUGAACUGGACGAUUCUGUCAACGAAGCCAGAAACCUCCAGAGGGCCACCUCAGGAAGGGACACGACGGCCUCAGUGUCUGUCCAAGCCACUGACGACACCAGGCGUGGCUCACAACAGACCAGGUUCAAGACCCAAGACACUUCCCGCACGAGAGAACAAGACACUUUCCGUACACGACCACAGCAGCCUGAAGCCCCUGUACGAACCCUCUCGCAAUCAGUGCAAACCCGUACCCGAGGAGGAUCCAGGUUUGGCGGUGGGUCACAGGUGCGCCGCAGAAGACCAGACCGCAUUCAAGACAGCACACGAGCUCCUACAAGCCUCUCCACACGCCUCCAGAACCGCCGACGGCCCAAAAUUACCACGCCCGCGCCCACCACCACGCCCAGUCCCACGAGGCCGCCCACCACCCGCCCACCACCCUCCCGUCGUCCAGCAGGUGUAAAAAGACAACCUGGUACCCGCAGACGGGGCCAUCGAAGAACGACAACCACCAUCAACCCACUGAACACUCCGCCACCACCCACCACACCCAGCCCUGUCUCCAGUUUUGCGUGUAAGCGAGUCGGCUUCUUUCCCAACCCCGACAACUGCCACAAGUACUAUUGGUGCCUUGACUCCGGUGCAUCUGGCCUUGGCACUGUCGCUCACGCCUUUACCUGCCCCUCAGACUUGGUGUUCAGUAAAUCAAUCGAUGGCUGUGAUCACCCGACCCGUGCUAAAUGUUCCACUGAGAAGAAAGGUCGUGGGGGUGCAGCAGCCACUACCCCUGGCCCCAGCACACCUAUCCCCACCACUACCGAGAUCCCUAACGACUAUUCUUACUACGAUGACUUAUAUUACUACGAUGACCAGGACUACUACGUUGAUGAGGUACCUGUUACCCAAGCACCCGAACCUGUAGAAGAGGUUCCCAACACCGUCAGUAGAAGGCGUCAGAACUCUGGAGGCAGCCAGUUCUCGAGCAGCACCUCCGAUUUUGCCAGGGACUCAACUUCUUCGUCGUCGUCCUCCUCCUCCUCCGGGUCUCUUGGCGGACGCUCCAGACCUCAGUACCAACCCAUCGCCCGGGACAGGAGUCCAGCCCCGGUGUCUGCUGCUGAGGAGGCCCAGGAGGCCGAGGUGGCCCAGGAGGCCCCCAGAAGACGUGAUCCCGUCAGAGGUAUAGGAGGUCGUCCACAAUACUCCGCUAUCGAGCGCCCACAAUCCUCCGCUAUCGAGCGCCCACAAUCCUCCGCGAUCGAGCGCCCACAAUCCUCCGCUAUCGAGCGCCCACAAUCCUCCGCUAUCGAGCGUCCAAAAUACUCCACUAUCGAGCGCAGGCGCCCCGCAGCCCAGCCUCAGCCCAUUGAGGAGGAAGGUUUAGCCCGCGAGGCUGAGCCCACGACAGGUGGACGCCAAUACGUCACCAUCGACAGACGACGACGCCCCUCUGCCGCCUCCCCCACCAACGAGGGAGCUACUCCAGCUCUUGAGAUAGAGUCCCCAACUGAACCAACUCUGCAGUACGUGACUAUUUCCCGUGCUCGUGGUACUACAACACCCGCCACCCCAACCCCACCCUCUCCUCAUAGCUCAGAGCCUUCCGUUAGUCCAGCACUUAUAGUACCGACCGCACCCGUCACUCCAAGGUACGUGACGAUACAGCGAGGCAACGUCGAGACACCCGUGGAGGAACAGGUCACCACUAUCGUCUAUGAGGAGACGACCGUCACCCCCGCUCCUGCCGCCGCCGGCACUACUGGCGACGUCACUACCAUUGAGGAUUACUAUUACUACGAUGAUGAUUUCCUCUACGGCGAUCAAAGUUCUUCUGUCCUUGACCUCCCAAGCUCUUCUCCGUCACCACCACUACCACAGACAACCACCACCAGCCCCACAACCACUACUACCACACCACAUACCACUACAACUACCACCACAACCUCUACAACCACCACCACUACAACUGAGCCUCCUACAACAACAACAACAACAACAGCCAAAACACGAACUCGUACCCGUGUGAGAGGUCCUCCGGUAGGGUCGUUAGCUUCACGUUUUGGGUCGUCUGGGAUUGGUGGGACACGUAGGACCUCCUCCACAGGAUCCCCCAUUGCAUCCCUCCCUGACCGAGAUCCCAUACAGGAGAAGGUGAAGGGAAGGAAAAAGGAGGAGGUCCGGGUGUCGGCCAGACGACCCUCUGUCCACCGACCUGGCGGACCCUCCAAGCUACCCCGGAGAAGAGUUGUGGUGAGGAAGAGAGUCGGAGACAACGGCGCUUCUGGUCAAGCUGAAGACCAGACGAGUGGACCAGUGAGGAUCAGGACCCACCCACCCUCCAAAGCACGACCUACCCCUCCUCGGGCAUUUGCUCGCCCACGACCCACCCGCCCACAACAGGAGACCAGCCCACAGCCUGAAACUCGCCAACGCCCGACUCGUCCCUUGGUUGGAAUCAGCCCACGCCCAGCCCGCCCAUUUGCUGAUAGGCCAAGGCCAACGCGCCCAUUGGCUGAGAACCCAAGGCCCACCCGACCACUUUCUGACGGCUCAAGACCCACCAGACCAUUGGUUCAGAUCAGUGCACGUCCAACUCGUCCUUCCCCCCAGCAGGAUGACAAUCUUCCUCGCCCAACCUUAGUAGUAGAUGAAGACCCACAUCCACCAGGCCCUCUGAUCAGCACCUCUGCACCAAUUUCAGUUCCCACCACCCUGCCUUCCGCCUUCACCAAGGAGGAGGCCGUCACAGUGUUCGAGGAGGACGUCUUCCCGGAAACUACCUACGCCCCAGAAACCUCUGUACGACCCACCUUCUCCUCUCUGCUCUCUAAACCCGCACCCACUACGCCCACACCCGUCAUUAUAUCGCGAUCCAGUACUCGUAAAAGGCCUACUCCCCGACUCCCUAACCCUCAACCAGGUACAAGCCCCCGCCCAUUCGCCACAACCACACCUCCACCUCGACGAAGCCCCCGCCCUCCUCGCCCUACCCCCGACGGAGCACCAUUGUCACCGCAGUUAUCUCUCAAGCCAGCAGCCUCGGCCAUCCUCGACCGCCAGGACAACUACGACUACUACUACGAGGACCUGGACGGCGCCCUCACUGGCACUCUGGGUCAGCUGGCGACCCUGACGGAGAAGGCGAAGCUCAUGGCUGACGGUUCCGUCCAGUGUCAUGACACAGGCUAUUUCGCUCACCCAGAUUCCUGCAAGAAAUUUAUAUCUUGCUCCAAGACGGUGAGAGGUCUGGUGAGGGGCUGGGUGUACACCUGUCCGCAGCAGCUGGUGUUCGACCCCGUCGGUGGUAUGUGUAACUGGGCCGAGUCUGUCGAUUGUGAGGGACGCUAAUAAUUCGACGCAAACCAGAAUGAGAGGACAAGCAAAGAACAUCAUAAUUAAGUCAUCAACGAAGGGAACAACCAGAAAUAAGUCACUGGGUAACAGAACUGUAAAAUUAAGUUGCUAAGUUAGAAAAAAGAAGUUGAUAUGUCGCCAAGUAACGUAACUGUAGAGGUACUUAUGUCGUCAUGUUUGGAGACAACAGUCAGUUCUCAGGAUGUGCAACAGCAAAAUUGAAUUACUAGAUUUGUAGACGAGGAGCUUAUCCAGACAAGCUGUGGUACAUCACCAGGUUAUAGAACCAUAAAAUGGCUCGUCGCCAAGUUAACGGAACAAGAUAGCUAUGAUAAAGGUGUUGUGGGGAGCUUCGGAUACAAAAUGAAAGUUAUCCUUAGUAAUAUAAGUAAUCCAUUUUCUAAAACAAUAAUGAGUCCAUUUUCUAUGAUAUCUACGGCACAUAAAACAUACCGAGCUUCACGUAGAUAUUUAUUGUCCGGAAAAAAUUUCUGCCUCCCAUUUUGGCAUUUUUAACACAAAUAUUAUAUACACUUGAAGGCAUGUUUCUACUGAGUGUAUUUUUAAUCAAAUAACCUGUAUAGAACCUAACUGCCUGUAUACGGUCCACUACACAUACAGGAAACUUGUACUGUAUAUUACAUGAGCGAUAAACUUACUACGAUGCUCACACAUAAACACUUCAUGCCAAAUCUCUCUUGAUGGUUUAGUCUUGCACUUUAGUCUCUUCUCUCGAGGAACACAGUGUGAUCUUUUUCUCCGCUGUUGUUGAUGUGUGUAUGAGUGUAAUUUUGAGUCCAGAGUUUUAUAAGACCCUGGAUAAUAUGUUCUAAGUAUGUGUGUCUGUGUUCCUCAAUGCAAAAAAGAAACAUGUGAUCUAAAUUAUUGUAAGGAAGGGUGUGACAGCCCCCACAUUCAUGUUUAUUGUGUAAAUAGCAUUUUAUAAUUAAAGUUCUCCAUAUAA